UAUAAAGAAGACAGAAGUAAUCCAAAAAGAGAAUGUUUUGGCGCGGGUUGUGAUAUGCGAAACAACGCCACCGUGACCGGGUGGAGCUUCUUCUAGUUCUUCUAUUGUGUUGCUUGGAAACAAUGUGUGCGCAACGUUUCCAAGAAUUCCAACCCUUUCCGCUGCAAAGCCACAAAGUUCACUGUCCCACCAUUUUCUGUCUUCCACGAAUCCCUUCCCUUGCUCCUCUGCCUCCAUCUCCAACCCUAAUUUGCAAAUGCCAGAAGGCGAUUUCCUCUAUCGAUCUUCCUCCCAACGCCCUUCGCCGCAAGCUCGACCCUCAGUGGAGAGGUGGUUUCAGUCUAGGGGUCGACCUCGGAACGUCUCGCACUGGACUCGCUCUUAGUAAAGGCUUCUCCACUCGUCCUCUUGGUGUUCUGGAGUUGCGAGGUCAAAAGCUUGAGGUUAAGCUUAUUGAGAUUGCUGAACAGGAAGAGGCUGAUGAAUUUAUUAUUGGACUUCCUAAAUCAUGCGACGGAAAAGAGACACCUCAGUCAAACAAAAUUCGAAGUAUUGCCGGAAGGGUGGCAACCCGGGCAGCUGAAAGGGGCUGGAGAGUUUACUUGCAUGAUGAACAUGGGACAACAGCAGAAGCAGAAAGCCAUAUGAUUUCCAAGGGGCUCAAUAAAUCUACUCGGCAGAAGAAGAUUGAUGCCUAUGCUGCAAUGAUGGUACUAGAGAGAUAUUUUUUCAUGUCGGGCGAGGGAACCGAACUUGUAGUGCCUAAGAGUCUAAUCUUACAAGAUAAACUUAUCGAGGGACCACCUACAGACCCUGACUUUAAGGAUUGAGGAUACCACCUACAGGCCCUGACUUUAAGGAUUGAGGAUGUGCAUCAGACAAGGAAAAAAUAAACUGGGAGAGGCCCUCGGUCAAAAGUCGGGAAAUUACUGAUGGUUUUCUUGAGAGAAAACACUACUGCUAUCAAACAAAGGUAUUUUAUUUCUGUUGAAGUGGAAGAGAGCCGCUAUGGCACUAACGACAUAGAAAUAGAUGGUACAUUGAGACGAGGGUACUUCCUCAAAACAUGGUCACGGAGUUAGGUGAAAGAGAUACCUUCCUUAUGAAGGUUCAUUCGAAGGUAGUGAGUGAUGGUCGUGAGAUGGUACAUUUGAUGUUAUAUCUUUACAACCUUUUCAGAAUCUCCUCACACAUUGAAUUCAUUUAGACUUCGGUUAGUUAAGGGCAGGAUUUUCUUUGGUCCUUUCUAUUACUAUAGGCACCUUUGCACUUGUGCCUGUCCUUGAUCAGAAAAGUAGCGGAAAAAAGGGUGCUGACGAAUCUCAUAUGUAUUGGUUGAAAAUUUUCUUAACAAAUAAAUUAAUCUACUCCUUGAUUAGAGA